AUGCCUGCCCUUCGCCAUCUUGCUCGUCGCUCAGCACGACUUAGAGCCAACACUCAAGAGGUGCGCUCAAAUCCAAUGGAUCCGCAGGCCUCCUCGUCGCAACGACAACCUGAAUCCAAUCGUCAAGAUACAAUCAAGUUCGCUAUCCAGUGGGAAAGGGAUCAUGCUCUCACUACAAUCCUCAUCAAUCAUCUGACUACUCACCCACCUGAUUGUCGCAUCCUGUUCUAUUCUGAUGUCGCCAACUGCAUCACAGCUCUCAAAAAUAAAUACAAGAAGUGCAAGGCCAAGUUCAGCGCAACGGGUGCUGGUGGUGGUGCCAUUGGACGCGACUACUCGAACAACUUAUUGGAUGAAGUCAAUGCUGAACUUCCAUGGUAUACCGAUCUCAAUAGCAUGUGGCACUCGAUCCCAUCUUUGCGAUUAAAUCGCAUUUCCAUCCAGGCCGGAGGUUGA